UCAAAAUAAUACCUUCAUCCUCCAGCAUAUAAGGAGCUCAAAAAUACUAUCUCUUUACCACAAAAAAAACCUUAUAUUAUAUCCCCCCUUGACUUAUAUUUUCCCUUCUUCUUCUUCUUGUUCAAUUCAUUACUAAAAUGGCCACAAAUUGGACAACAAAGCAAAACAAGAAGUUUGAGGAGGCAUUGGUUAUGUAUGACAAGGACAAUAGUGGUGAAAAAUGGCAUAAUAUAGCCAGAUAUGUUGGUGGCAAAUCUGUUGAAGAAGUUAGAAGGCAUUAUGAUCUUUUACUUAAGGAUAUUUCCCAAAUUGAAAAUGGUCAAGUCCCUUUGCCUAAUUACAGGACUACUUCUGAUCAAACCAAUGCUAGAGGAUAUGCUAAUGAACAAAGGCUUCUGAAGAAUCUAAAGCUACAGUAAGCAGAAGGUUGGACUCAUAGUCAACAGUCAACGCCAUAUUUAUCCAAAUAUCUGUAUAAAAUUCCAAAAAUCUGGAAUCUCUAAUUAACUGUAAAUUCGUGUUUAAUUAAGUGCGUCUUAUCUUCUGUAUUAUUUAAAUCAUUGUUGCCCAAUUAAGAGGUAAGAAAAAUGUGUACGUAACUUAUGUUUUUCAGCUUUAAAUGUACCUUUAUUUCUGCUUAAGCUAUCAUCCUAUGAUAUAUAAAUUUGAGAUUUUUUAGGUUUAA